GGGUUGCUUCGUCCAGGUGGCAACUACUACUCCGCCUGCUGAUAGCCCCCGGCCCCCAGCUUUCCGCUAAAUCGGGCGGAAAUGAGCGGUGACUGGGGCAGGAGGCGGAACCUCGGAGCGCCUGCAGCCCCAGCCAGGACUAGGCUCCACCCUGCGGCAGGCAGUGCGCAGGCGCGCGCCGUGAAGCUCUGCUGACCACGCCCUCCGCCCGCCUGUCUCCCGAAGAGGCACGCCCCCUCCUCUGCGCCUAGACCCCUUCAGGGGGCCCGGGCGGGGCCCAGACACUCGCCAGCGCCGCAGCCGCCAUCGCGUUCUGCUCGUCCCUAGCUCUGCAAAGGACAGGCCUCGCGCCAGGAUCCCGGCGGACUUCUGAGGUGCCACGAUGGUGGGGGAGCUCCGCUACAGGGAAUUCAGGGUGCCCCUGGGGCCUGGCUUGCAUGCAUAUCCAGAUGAAUUGAUCCGCCAACGGGUUGGCCAUAAUGGGCACCCUGAGUAUCAGAUCCGCUGGCUCAUCCUCAGGCGCGGAGAUAAUGGGGACAGGGAUUCUAGCCAAGUGGACUGCAAGGCUGAACAUAUCCUGCUAUGGAUGUCUGACGAUGAGAUCUAUGCCAACUGCCACAAGAUGCUGAGGGAGGGUGGCCAAGUCAUCAGACCUUCCCAGGAGUCUGCAGAGGCCGGGACCCUCGACAAAUCUGUGCUGGGGGAGAUGGAAACAGAUGUGAAGUCCUUGAUUCAGAGGGCCCUUCGGCAGCUGGAGGAGUGUGUGGGCGCCGUUCCUCCUGCCCCUCUCCUUCACACGGUCCAUGUACUCAGUGCCUAUGCCAGCAUUGAGCCCCUCACUGGCGUCUUCAAAGACCGCAGAGUUCUGGACUUGCUCAUGCACAUGUUGAGCAGUCCUGAUUAUCAGAUCCGCUGGAGCGCAGGCCGGAUGAUACAAGCUCUGUCCUCCCAUGAUGCUGGGACCCGGACCCAGAUCCUUCUGUCACUGAGCCAACAAGAGGCCAUUGAAAAACACCUGGAUUUUGACAGUCGCUGCGCUCUGCUUGCUCUGUUUGCCCAGGCUACACUCACAGAACACCCGAUGUCUUUCGAGGGUGUUCAGCUGCCACAGGUCCCAGGACGGCUGCUCUUCUCCCUGGUGAAACGCUACCUGCAUGUCACCUUCCUCCUGGAUCGGAUGAACGGCAAUGCCAGGGAUCAAGGAGCCCAGAACAACUUUAUUCCUGAGGAGUUGAAUGUAGGGAGGGGCCGGCUGGAACUGGAAUUCAGUAUGGCCAUGGGAACUCUGAUCUCUGAGCUGGUGCAGGCCAUGCGCUGGGACGGGGCCUCGAGCAGACCAGGGAGGCCUUCCCCCCAGCCUCAGCCGGUAGAGAUCUUCCACCCCCAUGCCCAGCAUAUCAGGAGGUCAAGGCGGUUUCGCUCCCGCACCGAGUUUGCAAGUUUCAAUACCUAUUCCUUGUACGUGCGGGACACACUACGGCCUGGGAUGCGGGUACGGAUGCUGGAGAAUUACGAGGAGAUCGCAGCUGGGGAUGAGGGCCAGUUCCGACAGAGCAACGAUGGUGUGCCCCCUGUGCAGGUGUUGUGGGAUUCAACGGGCCAUACCUACUGGGUUCACUGGCACAUGCUUGAGAUCUUGGGCUUUGAGGAAGAUAUUGAGGAUGUGGUUGAAGUUGCUGAGUUCCAGGGGCCAGUGGCCAAUGGAGCACCGAGUGUAGUCCCGCCAUCCCAGCGCUGGAAGCCCAUGACUCAGCUCUUUGCUGAGCCCUAUGUGGUUCCUGAGGAGGAAGACAGAGAAGAGAGAGAGCACUUGACCCGGGCUGAGUGGUGGGAGGUCUUCUUCUUCAUCAGGAAAUUAAGUGCAGCAGAGCGUCAGCGCAUCGUUGAUCUCCUUCAGGAGCACAUGGAUGGGGAGCACGUUCUGGAGUAUGAGAUGCUGCCUGAGCUGACCGUACCCAUUGACUUGGCCCAGGACCUGCUGUUGUCUCUGCCUCAACAACUUGAUAACAGGGCUCUGAGGGACCUGUUCAGCUGCUGUGUCUACAGGAAGUAUGGGCCUGAAGUCCUGGUAGGGCAGCCGGGCUACCCACAUGUGCCAGAUGCCCAGCAAAAUGUACUAUUCAGAGCCAAACCCGAGCCACAGGAGUCUGAAGCCAAAGAUCCCACACCUCAGAGUGCCAGCCCCGCCCUGCAGCAUCUGGUGGAGUUCUUGGGCCCCGAUGGGAAGCUCCUUGUGGAUCUGGAACAAGCCCUCAGCUCCGAGGCUCCCCGGGAAAAUGAGGUCAAGCCAUGCCUGCUGCAACUCCAGGAGCAGCCCCAGCCCUUCCUCACACUGAUGCGGAGCCUGGAGACUUCCGCCAGCAACAAGGCCCUGCACUUGACUGUGCUCAGAAUCUUGAUGCAGCUGGUGAACUUCCCUGAGGCGCUCUUGCUGCCCUGGCACGAGGCCAUGGAUGCCUGCAUGACCUGCCUUCGGUCCCCCAAUACUGACAGAGAGGUACUCCAGGAACUAAUCUUUUUCCUACAUCGCCUGACCUCCACAAGCCGGGACUAUGCCGUGAUACUAAACCAGCUAGGAGCUCGGGAUGCCAUCUCUAAGGUCCUGGAAAAGCACCGAGGGAAACUGGAGUUGGCUCAGGAGCUGCGGGAUAUGGUGUUCAAGUGUGAGAAGCAUGCCCACCUCUACCGGAAACUCACCACCAACAUCCUGGGCGGCUGCAUCCAGAUGGUCCUGGGCCAGAUUGAAGACCACAGACGAACCCACCGGCCCAUCCAAAUCCCUUUCUUUGAUGUGUUUCUCAGAUAUCUGUGCCAGGGCUCUAGUGAGGAAAUGAAGAAAAACAGGUACUGGGAGAAGGUGGAGGUGUCUUCCAACCCACAGUGGGCUAGCAGGCUGACAGACCGCAACCCCAAGACCUACUGGGAGUCCAGUGGCAAUGCUGGCUCCCACUCCAUCACCUUGCACAUGCGCCCAGGUGUCCUCAUCAGGCAGCUAACUCUACUGGUGGCCGUUGAGGACUCAAGCUACAUGCCAGCCUGGGUGGUGGUAUGCGGGGGCAACAGCAUCAAGUCUGUUAAUAAAGAACUCAGCACGGUGAACGUGAUGCCAUAUGCUAGCAGAGUGAUCCUUCUGGAGAAUCUGACCCGAUUCUGGCCCAUCAUCCAGAUCCGCAUCAAGCGCUGUCAGCAGGGCGGCAUUAACACGCGCAUCCGGGGUCUGGAGGUCCUGGGCCCCAAGCCCACUUUCUGGCCAGUGUUCCGAGAGCAACUGUGCCGGCACACCCGCCUCUUCUACAUGGUUCGGGCACAAGCAUGGAGCCAGGACAUAGCAGAGGACCGCCGGAGCCUCCUGCACCUGAGUUCUAGACUAAAUGGGGCUCUACGCCAUGAACAGAAUUUUGCGGAGCGCUUCCUUCCUGGUAUUGAGGCCGCCCAAGCACUGAGCAAGACCUGCUGGGAGGCACUGGUCAGCCCCCUGGUGCAGAACAUUACUUCUCCUGAUGAGGACAACACCAGCUCCUUGGGCUGGCUGUUGGGUCAGUACCUGGAGUGCAGGGAGGCUGCCUACAAUCCCCAGAGCCGAGCCGCAGCUUUCUCCUCUCGGGUUCGGCGCCUCACCCACCUCCUGGUCCAUGUGGAGCCCCGUGAGGCAGUACCUCCAGUGGUGGCCAUCCCUAAAUCCAAGGGCAAAAAUAGAAGCCAUGACUGGAGCUCCUUGGCCACCCGGGGCCUUCCAAGCAGCAUAAUGAAGAACCUGACCCGUUGCUGGCGGUCUGUGGUAGAGGAGCAGAUGAACAAGUUUCUGACCUCAUCCUGGAAAGAUGAUGAUUUUGUACCCCGCUAUUGCGAGCGCUACUAUAUCCUGCAGAAGUCCAGCUCUGAGCUGUUUGGGCCACGAGCAAUCUUCUUGUUGGCAAUGCGGAAUGGCUGUGCUGACGCCGUGCUGAGGCUCUCGUUCCUCAGGGCCGCCCAUGUGAGUGAGCAGUUUGCUCGGCACAUUGACCAGAGGAUCCAAGGCAGUAGAAUGGGUGGAGCCCGGGGAAUGGAGAUGUUGGCACAGUUGCAGCGAUGCCUGGAGUCUGUCCUCAUUUUAUCUCCCCUGGAGAUAGCCACCACCUUUGAGCAUUACUACCAGCACUACAUGGCUGACCGCCUCCUGAGCGUAGGCUCCAGCUGGCUGGAGGGGGCCGUGCUGGAGCAGAUCGGGCCCUGCUUCCCCAGCCGUCUUCCCCAGCAGAUGCUGCAAAGCCUGAGCAUCUCAGAGGAGCUGCAGCGUCAGUUCCAUGUUUACCAGCUGCAGCAGCUUGAUCAGGAGCUCCUGAAGCUGGAAGACACAGAAAGGAAGAUACAGGUGGCCCAUGAGGACAGUGGCAAAGAGGACAAGAACAAGAAGGAAGAAGCUGCUGGAGAAACAGCAGCUGUGGCCAUGGCAGACGAGGAGGAGGAAGAGAAGAAAGAAGAGGGAGAGGAGGAGGAAGGGGAGGGAGAGGAGGAGGAGGAAGAGCGCUAUUAUGAAGGAACAAUGCCGGAAGUGUGUGUACUUGUCCUGACUCCACGCUUCUGGCCUGUUGCCUCUGUCUGCCAAAUGCUCAAUCCUGCAACAUGCCUGCCCUCGUACCUGAGGGGGACCAUAAACCACUACACCAACUUUUACAGCAAGAGUCAGAGACGCUCCAGCUUAGAGAAAGAGCCACAGAGGCGACUGCAGUGGACGUGGCAGGGCCGGGCAGAAGUGCAGUUUGGCGAUCAGAUUCUGCAUGUGUCCACAGUACAGAUGUGGCUGCUGCUGCACUUCAAUAACCAAAAGGAGGUGUCUGUUGAGAGCCUGCAGGCUCUCUCAGAGCUCCCUCCAGAUGUGCUCAACAGGGCCAUCGGGCCUCUCACCUCAUCAAGAGGUCCCUUGGACCUUCACGAGCAGAAGAACAUACCAGGAGGAGUGCUCAAGAUUCGAGAUGACAGUGAGGAACCCAGGCCAAGGAGAGGCAAUGUGUGGCUCAUCCCACCUCAGACAUAUCUGAAGGCCGAGGAUGAAGAGGGCCGGAACAUGGAGAAGAGAAGGAACCUUCUAAAUUGCCUUGUUGUCCGAAUCCUCAAGGCUCAUGGGGAUGAAGGCUUGCACAUUGACCGGCUCGUCUAUCUGGUGCUAGAAGCUUGGGAGAAAGGCCCAUGUCCUCCUAGGGGUCUGGUCAGCAGCCUUGGCAGGGGAGCGGCAUGCAGGAGCUCUGACGUCCUCUCCUGUAUCCUGCACCUCCUGGGUAAGGGCACACUGCGGCGCCAUGAGGACCGGCCACAGGUGCUGUUCUAUGCAGUCCCUGUAACUGUGAUGGAGCCCCACAUGGAGUCCCUGAACCCUGGCUCGUCAGGCCCCAAUCCACCCCUCACCUUCCACACCCUGCAGAUUCGAUCCCGAGGUGUGCCUUAUGCUUCCUGCACUGGCACCCAGACCUUCUCCACUUUCCGGUAGCCCUGGCUAUGGGGUCAGGGGUAGGUGAGGCAGGGGCUUUCCACAGAAAAUAAAACGCUGGAAUUUGAA